CAAGUUGUCGAUGCAUUUAAAUUUUUUCAUCGAAACGGAAAAGUGAUUCAUCAGAUCAAUUCAUUCUGAAAAAUGGCUCAGUUGGAGGAACAAGCAGUUAUUGGCGAUUCUGAAAAAAAGGAAUGUGCCGAAAAUUUGUUGGAAUUGCCGCUUGAAAUACGUGCUCUGCGAAAUCUGCAGCUGGAAACGAAGGAGAUUCAUAGCGAAUUUUUCCGGAAAAUUUAUGAACUCGAAAUCGAAUUCCAAAAGAAGCACGAGGCAGUCUUCCAAAAGCGACGUGACAUCGUCAAUGGUAUUUGUAUUCCACGAACCGGGACUGAAUCAGUUGGGCCACAAGACGAAGCAACGCCAGGAGCAGGUAUACCAAGAUUCUGGUCGAAUGUUCUCAGCUCAACCUUAUUCGAAAUUCAAAAAAGCGAUCGACCGAUUCUCGAACAUUUGACUGACGUCCGUGCCCGGAACAAACCAUUUUCGGAACUGGGAUUCGUUUUGGAGUUCGAUUUUUCGCCGAAUGAAUAUUUCGAAAAUGAAACCUUGACGAAAGAGUACUACUACACCUGCUCAUUUGGCGGUGAAAUGGUUCAUCAGUGUCCGAAAAUUUACAAAUCCAUCGGAUGUGAGAUAAAGUGGAAAGAUGGCAAGACUGUUCCAAGCGAUUCGUUUUUCAAUUUCUUCCGCACCAAAACCGAAACGGAAGAAACUCCCGGCAACGAUGAGACGUUCGGAAUGAGUAACGACUUCGAAAUGGGCUAUUUCAUCAAGGAACGCGUUAUACCGAGAGCCGUGCUGUUUUACAAUGAACAUUUCCGCAUCGAUGAUCCACCAUUACGUUCGGAGUUGUCGUACUCUACUUGCGAGCCGAUUUCUCCUACUAUGUCCAUGUUGGCUGACGCCGGAAGUUCUUGCAUGAACAAGUCCACGAACACAUCAAUUUUAUGUGAUUCGUCGUCUAACAGUGGACAGUGAUUAAAUGGGUGUGUACGAACAUGUUAAAGAAUAAUCAAUUUUGGCAUCAAAACCGUUUGUAAAUUAUUCAGUAUUCUCGAAGCAGAUAAUAAAUAUCUCUCCUGC